AAAACUGGCCAAAAUGCACAUUAAAUUUGCAGAAAAGUGUAGUAAACCCCAUGGCCACCGGAAAGUUGGAGUUGGUGUUCAUUUCCACACCUGGGAUCGGAAACCUCGUCCCUGUCUUUGAGUUCGCGCGCCUUCUCGUCGAUCAUGACCCUCGAUUUUCUGCCACCAUACUCAUCGUCACCAUGCCUCAAAGACCCCUCGUCAACACCUACGUACAAUCACGAGCCGCCGCCCCCGCCAGUAAUAUCCGGUUAAUCGACCUCCCUGCUGUGGAACCUCCUUCACCCGAUCAGUUCCAAACUUCCAUAGCCUACAUAUCCUUGCUCAUCGAGAAACACAGGCCCCACGUAAAGCAUGCGAUCACCGACCUCAUGGCGGCUGCAACCGAGUCAGCCUCCAACCACUCACCGUCCAGGGUCGCAGGGUUAUUCAUCGACAUGUUUACGACUUCCAUGAUCGACGUGGCGAACGAGCUCGGCAUCCCUUGCUACCUCUACUUCUCGUCUCCGGCGACGUUUCUCGGCUUCAUGCUUCAUCUUCCGAUUCUAGAUUCCAAACUCAACCCCACCGAUUUGUCCGGCUUGGACUCCGAGUUGGUCCUCCCGGAAUUCGUGAACCCGGUUCCUCUAAGCGUGUUGCCUCCAUCGGUGUUGAAGAAAGAAGGGUACGCCUGGUUUUUGCAUCAUGCACGCAGGUACGUGGAAACAAAGGGUAUUAUCGUAAAUACGUUUGUGGAGCUGGAGCCUUAUUCGGUCAACGGAGUCUGUAGCCGUCAAGUGCCACCGGUUUAUCCAAUAGGGCCCGUUCUCGACCUUGCAGGACCGGCCCAAUGGCAUCCAGACCAGGUCCAUCACCGAAAGGUCAUGACGUGGCUUGACGAUCAACCUCCUUCGUCAGUGGUGUUUCUGUGCUUUGGUAGCAUGGGAAGUCUUAGUGGGGCUCAAGUGAAAGAGAUAGCGAUUGGGCUUGAACGAACUGGGCUACAUUUUUUGUGGGCACUACGUGGGCCGCCGAAGACCCUAUUACACCUCCCGACUGACUACGAAAAUCCUAAGGAGGUCUUACCGAAUGGGUUCUUGGAACGGACGGCUGGGGUUGGCCUUGUGUGCGGAUGGGUCUCACAAGUGUCGAUCCUGGCCCACAAGGCAAUCGGAGGGUUCGUGUCGCACUGUGGCUGGAACUCCAUCUUGGAGAGUUUAUGGCAUGGCGUGCCAAUUGCCACGUGGCCUGUUUAUGCAGAGCAACAGAUGAACGCCUUUCAGAUGGUGAGGGAACUGGGAUUAGCGGUGGAAAUCACGUUGGAUUACAAGGGUGGUAGUGAUCUGGUGGUGGCGGAGGAGGUAGAAAGAGGGAUAAAACGUCUGAUGGACGGUGAUGAUGAGGUUAGGAGAAAAGUGAAGGAAAUGGGGACCAAGAGUAGAAUGGCUAUGAAGGAAAAUGGCUCAUCACAUUCGUCACUCGGAGCAUUGAUUGGGGAGUUAGUACGUAAUUAAUCAGGAGUCAAUGUAUUUGAAAAAUCUAAAGAUUCUACAGACCACUUUAUUAUGUCUUUAUUAAAUAAUUGCAAUUUGCAAUUUAUAUUUAUAAUGUUUAAGAGAAUAAUGUUGAACGUUUAUUGUGUUAAAAUAAUAAUAAGAGUAGAGUUUCAUUUA